AUUGCAUUAAAACAUACAUAUUCAGUAGUUGCAUAAAGUGAGAGGCUCGCGUCUCCGCGUGUAAUAUUAAUGUUUAUUAAUUAAUAAUAUGAUACACAUAUGAAACGUUGAAUAGAGACACGGCUGGAACACUGCAAAUAUGGAGUACCUAUUGAAGAUAGGUGCGGGGGCGUGGCCCAUCACACCCUGAUCCCUGGGACGCCCAUGGGACUCCCAUAAAGCGGGGUGCAGAGCGUCGUUGGCUACAGUCGACUGUGACACACCAACACACACGCCAGCCAUGACAUAACAUACAGCGGACCGUUUUAACAUUGUGUGCACCGACUUAUAUUCAUAGUUAAGAACUAUGUACGCGACGGACUUCGACGAUUACUGCGACUUCAACGACAGCGUCUGCAGCAAUGAUUCGGGCUUCGAGAGGUCUCAUGCUGACUCCCACGCAACACCCUCAUCUGUGAACACUACUCUCAAUUUUGAUACAUCAGACUUAGCUAUAUCUGUGAUAUCAAAAGAUUCAACUGUCAGGAGGAAACUCUUUCAUGACGACUACACCUACAUCUUCCCAGAUCAGAUAAAGGAGGUCACGGAAUUCGAAGAUUUUAAGCCGAUAGAUAACACGUCGACACCGAUAAAGAAAGAGAAAAAACCUAAAGAUCCGAACAAACCCAAGAGGAAAUACGCAAACGGAAAGAACAGAGUGACGAGAUGUAAAAGUCCCACUCAGAUAUUGAGAAUAAAGAGGAAUAGAAGGAUGAAGGCCAACGACAGGGAGAGAAACAGAAUGCACAUGUUGAACGAAGCCUUGGACAGGUUGAGAUGUGUCUUACCAACGUUUCCAGAAGACACGAAGCUGACCAAAAUAGAAACAUUACGUUUUGCUCACAAUUAUAUAUUUGCGUUAAGUCAGACGCUUGAAUCUCUAGAUAAUAUUAAUUGUGGACAACCCAGCGUCGAAUAUAAUAAUUACGACAAACUAACUUGUACUGCCGAGAAAGUUAACAAAGACGCCUUCAGGGAGAUAUUUCUUCCAAACAAGGACGAGUGCGGUGAUGGAUACAGGAGUUUCCAAGGGUACAGUAAGCCGUUCCCUAACGGAUCGAAUUUCUUACAAACUUCCGAAGGAGUGUUGAUAAAUGUUGGAAAUGUAACGGUGUCUGUGAAUAAUAAAGGCGGUAACUGUAUCACUUCGACGACCGGGAGCGGCUUCUUCUCUCAUCCCUCGAGUCUAGCGGACGACAUACAUCAAGGUUACCCUCAAAGGCCUUACGAUAUCACCAGCUACACGGAGGGGUAUGAUCCCAGGAUGCAAAAUGCAUCGACGGAAUACUUUAAUCACAAAAAUUAUGAAAUAUUCAAAAACGCUUUUGAAACAGCGAAAAAUAGGAAGCAAGUCAGCGCCGUCCAGUACAGUAAUUACACGAACUUUACAAAUUCCUAUCACUGCAACGAGAAAUACAGUUACACAGACGAGAGUUGUUAUCCUCAAAGUAACUAUUAUAAUGAUCAAAGAUACGUAGGUAGAGAUUUUUAUAGAGGUCCUAGCAUGGUAAAUGCACAAAUUUAAUGUAUUUUCCUAGCGUCUAGUCAAUGAGUACAAAUUAUAUUUUUAUAAGAAUUAGGACAAUAAAUGAAAAGUUCCGUCGGAGUUGAGAUGAAUUUACCAAAGUUUAUGUCUAGUCAUAUCGAUUCAACUGUGAGAAUAUAUUAUAUAUUUUUUAUUUUUUGUAAAUGGUUGUUUUCUUUUCCUUUUUAAAACA